UGUGUUAUAAUUUGCGAAACGGAUUAGAACGAUUUUGUCAAGUCUCGUUUCCGUCUGAUUAGCACGUCAUCCUCGCAGAACAUAUUUUGUCCAACUGCGUUCUCUUCGACGUUCACCAAAAAACGACAAAUCUGCAAAAAAUUGAACAUGACUGAAGUUAUCAAUUCUAAUAGAAACUCUCUAUAAAAAAUUGGCAAAAGAAAUUUGAAGUUACAGAAGAAAUUUUUAUGUGGUAGAUUAAACAUCGCGAGUGUUAAGGUUUGAAGAAUUGGGCAAUAUAUUUGCAUCGUUAGCAUCGAAGAGGUACAGUUACGAGUCUAUAUAGAAGACCCGGUGUGAAGAUCUUCAAUCAUUCAUCUUUGACUAUCGGUUAAGAUGAUACGUGCAUUGAUUUCCUUGCUUUUAGCGAGUAUACCGAUUCUGCCGUCAGUGAUGUCGUACGCGAAAGUGUCCAGAAACGGUCAGGAAGAAUCGGAUAACGAUGACUCGAAUCCUUGGAUCGUCAGCAACGUCACUCAGAACGAAGGCAGGAGCAUCAAGAACAUCGCCAUCACUAUGGCGCCGGUGUACAUUCCACCGAAAAUCCCUAUUCUACACAAUGGCGAGACGUCCAAUUAUUCUCCUAGUGCAAGAUACUCCACGCUGGAUCACGAAAUGCUAGCAAAACUGAGCGGCAAGAAGCAGAUUCAAGACAGAUACCACCCAGGUCCUCUUAAAAAUAAGGAAGUUCCAAAGGAUACGAAAGAAAGUUCAAAACCGAGUCGACCAAGCGGACCUCCUAGUAUUCCGACUGGACCUGUGGAUAGCUUCGAUUUCUCGAAUCCGUCGUUUUCCGACACUUACGAGUAUAAACCACCCGAUUACCUCUCUAGUAAGCCGAUCGCGAAGCCACCGGAUUAUCUCGCCGAUAAACCCAUCUCGAAACCCAUAUCAAUGGGCGAUUAUGCGGAUUCCGAGAUAAGUGACACGCCUCCAGACUCGUACAAGCCAGAUUCGUACAAACCACCAGAUUCCUACAAGCCAGACUCGUACAAGCCAGACUCGUACAUGAUGCCCUCCGACUCCGAUUACCCCGAUUUCCCGGACGACGGAUCUUACGACAGCGACUCGGGACCGAAGCCUAUGAAGCAUUCUCUGGAUCAUCCUCCUUUCGAGAACGACGACGAUGCCUAUGCUCACCAUCACGACUUCCAUCACGAGCUGAUUUACGACCACAUUCCGGAGUACCACGAUCACACCGAGCAACCAGAAAUGAACGAUCAGAGGCUGGACAAGAGGCCGUACUCUUAUUACUUCAUAGGCAAGAAGCUUUGGUACGUGCCUUUGUACUUCAGCAUCUACUUCAUCAUCUACAUCGCGGCUCUGGUGCUGAAGAGUAUAGCGAGACACAAGAUCACAUUCCCUGCUCAUUUGGCCGAAGCCGUAGGACACGACAGGUCUUACGGUGACUUCAGUUGGUGGGAUUAUGCGGGGAACAUCCUCGAGGGUGUAGAAAGCUUUGCGGAAAAGUAUGGAAGGUUCUCUUAGAUUCCUGUGAUCGUGUUCCUUUGA